UGAGGAAAAGCGAAAAUUUAAUAUAUUAAAAGUGAAAAAAUUUCAUUUAAAUGUUUACCAAUUUCUCAUUUUUUCCACAAUUUUAAUAUACAAAUAUUGUUUAAAUGUAGUGCCAGUGUUAAAUUGUGGAAGUAAAGCAGUAUUCGUUGUUAGGCCACAAUCAGUUUGAUUAACCGUUCAAUGUAAACGUAUACGCCAAACACACAAAACACCAAUAAAAUCCCCGAAACAAAGCAAAAAAAAAAUACAGAAAGUAGAAGAAGUAGAAGCGAAUCGCUCCCCAAGGUGUAGCGAAUUAUCAGAUCCUCAUACAGACAUUUUUAGCAGCUAAUAAGAUAUAACGGGAAAAAUCGUGUAUUUGGAGAAGAAAAUGUCGAGUGAUGAAGAUAAGCCGCCCGCACCACCUGUCAGACUGACGAGUAAUCGAGGGACAGAUCGCAUCGAAACCACUGUUGAUCGUCCAUUGCCCAAAGAACCAGAUGACGCCGAUAGGAAGAAAAAAACACUCAAGAGCAAGAUGAAAGUAUCAAAGACGUUGCACAAUGACUCAAAACCCAAUAUUUCAUAUCCGACAAACUUUGAGCAUACGGUUCACGUGGGCUUUGACGCAAUCACUGGUGAAUUCACGGGUAUGCCAGAACAAUGGGCUCGACUGUUGAUGACCUCAAAUAUUAGUAAGCAGGAACAGAAGAAAAAUCCCCAAGCUGUGCUUGAUGUACUCAACUGGUUUGACAAUAGCAGUAAGCAACGGCCGAACUCAAAAUACAUGACGCAUGGCAUGCACACGACAGCAACGCAUUCUGCAUCGUCUUUAGGUUCUUCCCUGAGUCGAGUGAGUAGCAGUAGUCCGAGUAGCACGCCAACGGAUAGCGAAUCGCAUUUGGGAAGCGGCGGCAGUAGUGCCGGACCGCAAGUGAUAUCAGCGAGUCACUCGCAUGCACAUAGCCUAGCGCCGUCAGCACACAAUUCGUCGGCAAAUGAAGAUGACACUGUGCCACCGCCUAUCGCAAGUCGACCUGAACGGACAAAAUCUAUUUACACUCGUCCAAUAGAAGAUACGCCGCCACCUCCACUCCCUCCACAUCAAAUUAACUCGACAAUAAAAAGUCCAACCUUAGAUAAGAAUAAGAACGCCACGAGUGUGACAACUACGACAACAAACACCGCAGUAACCACAAUGACAAAUAACGUGCAUCAUACCCCGACUCACACAGCCACGCAGAACAACAUCAACAACGCCAAUAACGCUGCUCCCGCGACAGUCACGACAGUUUCUCCGCCGAACGCAACUUCUCCCGCAACGACGGAAACGCGCGCUGGCGGCGGUCUCAAAAAGAAAAAGAUGUCCGACGAAGAAAUCCUCGAGAAACUAAGGACGAUCGUGAGUGUGGGCGAUCCAACGCGCAAAUACACAAAAAUGGAGAAAAUCGGGCAGGGCGCUUCAGGCACGGUCUACACGGCAAUCGAAAGCAGCACAGGCAUGGAAGUGGCGAUCAAACGCAUGAACAUCAGUCAACAGCCGAAGAAGGAACUAAUCAUCAAUGAGAUUCUCGUGAUGCGAGAGAACAAGCAUCCGAAUGUCGUCAACUACCUCGACAGUUAUUUGGUGUCGGAAGAACUGUGGGUCGUCAUGGAAUACUUGCCAGGCGGUUCGUUAACAGAUGUCGUCACGGAAACAUGCAUGGACGAGGGACAAAUCGCAGCGGUGUGUCGCGAAGUGCUGCAAGCACUCGAAUUUCUGCACACAAAUCAAGUCAUUCAUCGUGACAUUAAAAGUGAUAAUAUUCUGCUAGGCCUCGAUGGAAGCGUAAAACUGACGGAUUUCGGGUUUUGUGCGCAAAUUUCGCCGGAACAGUCGAAACGAAGCACGAUGGUUGGCACACCGUACUGGAUGGCGCCCGAAGUUGUCACACGGAAGCAAUAUGGACCUAAAGUUGAUUUAUGGUCUCUUGGUAUCAUGGCAAUAGAGAUGAUCGAAGGUGAACCUCCAUAUCUGAACGAGAAUCCGUUACGUGCCCUAUAUCUCAUUGCCACCCAUGGCAAACCUGACAUCAAGGAUAAGGAAAAACUCAGUCCUGUGUUCCAAGACUUCCUGGAUCAGUGUUUGGAAGUAGAUGUCGAUCAACGAUCGAGCGCUUAUGAAUUGCUUAAGCAUCCUUUCUUGAAACUAGCGAGACCAUUGGCUAGCCUCACACCCCUCAUCAUGGCAGCUAAGGAAGCAACGAAAGGACAGUAAAAAUCCUUAUAAAAAUGUGGAAAACUGAUCGAGCAAUUAUUUAACAAAAAAAUAUCAAGAACAUUGCUCAGCAUUUCAAAAAUAAAAAAGCAAAAAAAUGAUAAAUUUCAAUUAAAUUCAUCCAUAUAAUUAAUAGGAGAAUGUAUUUACAAACAAACAAAAAAUAUAUUAAGCACUAGGUAGCUAGAAACAAGUUCUAAG